CAAAAAGGGAAUAAUAAUAAUAUUGGAGGAAUAGGGCGGAGGAAGAGAGAAAUGAAACGGAGUAGAUAGAAAGAUAGAGAAGAUGUAGAGUAGUAGACACACCCCUCUUCUCCUCUGCUUCAGUUCACAGCCUCAAGAAUCGUUAAAAAAUAUUAAUUUGUAAAAAGGGGUAUCGACGAGUUGUUUUCCCAAUCAAUAGUGAUGUUUGAGGACUAACUGUUUUCUAAAAUUUCACUCAUUUUAAGCUCUGAAUCUUUACAAAAUCCCAUCAUUUUCCUUUUUUGUGUGGUUAUGGAUGCAUUCGACAUGGUUUCCUUUACCACAGGGCUGCGCAAAGGGUUUGGGUGAUCCACAUUCAAUGCUAGACUUCAGUUGUUCAAUCAAGACAUUUCUUUCCUUAUCUCUUUUAAGUGUAGAUGGUAGAGCCAUUUUCUGUUUAUCUGAAACUCUAGAGUGAAACUAAAAUACAAUGUACUUGUCGGGAAAGGGACCUUCUUCUGGCGACAAAAAUCUUGGUUCUUCAAAACUAACUUUGAACCCCAACGCCACAGAAUUUGUUCCAUAUUUUCUAAGGUCGCCUGUAGCUGGCUCUAACGGUGCUGAGGCAUCCUCAAAAUUUGUUACCUCCGCAGCUCCUGGCCCGGGGAAAGGAAUAUUAGACAGAGUAGAGUCAUCAGCCUCAAAUGACUCUGAUGAUGAAGCUCAGCAAUACUGGUGCAAUCAGCUCCCUGAUGAUAUUACUCCCGACUUUAAGGUCAUGGGUAUCGAUGAUAAUCAAGGGGCCAAUAGCUUAUCAUUUUCAAGCCUAUCUUUGACUAAUGCCAACGAAAGUUCAAGAUUUUCUUCUUCAAUAGGUAGUGGUUUUAUGUUGAAGGAACAACAAGGGUUAUCUCUUCGCUCUGUUAAUGGAAACAAUCAUGCUGAACAACUGAGAUAUCCAGUCUCUUCCUAUGGGAAAUACCUGUCGCCUACAAGCUAUCAUUCAUCGCUCUCUAAGCCUUGGGACCAACAGAUUGUCGGCAACGAUCAACUUGUUCUAAGAGAAGGAACUGAUGUUGGGAAUCCAAGACAUGGUCUUGUAGCUGACAUGUCAAGUGAGCAAUUAAUGCUGGAUAAUUCGGAUGUGAGCCCUCUAGAGUUCCUGGCUUCACAUUUCCCUGGUUUUGCAGCUGAAAGUCUCACAGAGGUUUAUUUUGCAAACGGAGGCGAUCUAAACCUAACAAUUGAGAUGCUGACUCAGCUUGAGCUUCAGGUUGAUGGUGGCUUGAAUCAGACCAUGACUUCAAAAACUGUAUCUGCACCUAAUCUUAAUUCGAUGGAUUUUCCUGCACUCUCUGUGAUAGAUGGUCAAACCGAGUUAGUUAUUCUCCAAAAUGGCAGUGCCUAUUACUCUCCAGAAAAGCAAGGCUCUUUGCUGUUCAGAUCCAAUUCCUUUGUUCCAUCAAGGGGUGCUACCGAUUUUGCUUCAGCUGUCAGGAAAAUGGUACCUCAAGAUUCAAGCAUGUGGAAAUACGAGAAAAAUGGCUCUUCAGAUGCAAGCAUUGGACAAAGCCGAAACUCCCAAGUACUAGCAAGCUCAUACAACAGUGGUCAGGGGAGGGGCAUCUAUGGUGAUAGGUUCCAAAGCCGAGGAUCAGCCCGCUCAUCUCCUGUCUGGCUUGAAACUGGAGAUGCAGUUGCAAAUAUGUACUCUGAAAUGCGGGGGGAAGCUCGGGAUCAUGCACGCGUGCGCAAUGUAUACUUUGAGCAGGCACGGCAAGCGUACCUCGUUGGUAACAAGGCCUUAGCCAAGGAGUUGAGCAUUAAGGGACAGCUGCACAAUGUGCAGAUGAAAGCAGCUCAUGGGAAAGCACAAGAAAGUAUUUUUUGCCAGAGGAAUUCAGACAUUCAAACCAACGGGAGGGAACAGAUGAUUGAUCUGCAUGGUCUACACGUGAGUGAAGCUAUUCAUGUCCUCAAGCGUGAACUGGCGGUGAUGAAGAACGCAGCAAGAUCGAUGGAUCAAAGACUGCUUGUCUACAUAUGCGUAGGAACUGGUCACCACACAAGGGGGGCACGCACGCCUGCUAGACUCCCGACUGCGGUUCAGCGCUACUUGCUGGAGGAGGAGGGCCUCGAUUAUUCAGAGCCGCAGCCGGGACUCCUCCGAGUUGUUAUAUACUGAAACGGGGGAGAUGAUUUGGCGUGCUUUCAAGUGAACCAAGAUGCAGGGAGUGAAUUUUGCAUACCGCUGGCCACUCUAAUACCAGCAUUUUGCAUAUGCCAAGAUGGCCUUCUUUGGGCCGAAUUUUGUCCGGGGUCAUGUGUAGAAGCAAGCUCGGGAGCGCAACUCCCUUGAGUUGCCAUUCCAUGCCGCUGCACUUAAGUUAUCCUUGAUAUCUCUUUUGUUCAUUCUGUACAAAGUCAUUAAACAAAACAUCACUCCAAAAUUCAAUCCAACGUCAAACAAAAACAAAUCUACCUAGCUAGCCAGGGACGGACCUAGGCCGGUUCCAAUACUCACACCAUAGCUGUCUGUGUCUGCGCUGUAAACAUUAUUUUACAAAAAGAAGAAAGGAUGAAGGGGAAGGAGAGAGAAGAGGGACAGAAUUAGAAAGUAAUUAUAACAAUUAAUUUACAGCUGCGUGGGUCCUAUAUGGAUUUGCAUUUUACCAUGUUUAUUUAAGACAUUAUUGGAGUCCUACUACUACAAUUUCUACUGUAGUUUGUUUCGAGAGAUUGGGAACAGUGGAUAUAAUCAAAUAAUUUGCAUUUUUUUUAA